GGUUGGAGGCAAGUUGGGGGCGGGGCUCCAGUAGCUGAAACCUGCUUUGGAGCCUCGCAGCCAACGCAGCGCUCUAUUCGGGGUCUGCGGAGGGCACAGUGAUACCCUGAGACAAGAUGGGAAAAGGCUGCAAGGUUGUGGUGUGUGGCUUGUUAUCUGUGGGGAAAACAGCAAUUUUGGAGCAGCUCCUUUAUGGGAAUCAUACUAUUGGAAUGGAAGAUUGUGAAACAAUGGAAGAUGUGUAUAUGGCCUCAGUGGAAACAGAUCGGGGAGUAAAGGAACAGUUACAUUUUUAUGACACCAGAGGCCUACAGGAAGGUGUGGAACUACCAAAGCACUAUUUUUCAUUUGCCGAUGGCUUUGUUCUGGUGUACAGUGUGAAUAAUCUUGAAUCAUUUCAAAGGGUGGAGCUUCUCAAGAAAGAAAUUGAUAAGUUCAAAGACAAGAAAGAGGUAGCAAUUGUCGUAUUAGGAAACAAAAUCGACCUUUCUGAGCAGAGACAAGUGGACGCUGAAGUGGCACAGGAAUGGGCAAAGAGUGAGAAGGUGCGACUGUGGGAGGUAACAGUUACAGAUCGGAAAACUCUGAUUGAACCAUUCACACUCUUAGCCAGCAAACUUUCCCAGCCCCAGAGCAAAUCCAGCUUUCCUUUGCCUGGGAGGAAAAACAAAGGGAAUUCUAGCUCUGAGAACUAAAAAUCAAUGCCAGUUGUUUGCUGAAUAGUGAUUGCCUUUAAGUGUCUGUGAACAUAUUUAAAAUAGGCCAUUUGUAGCUACCUUUGGUCCUUCAGAAAUCCCUAAGGAAGUACUUAACACACUUUAGGUUACUAUUAAAUUGUUUGGGCCAAGCUUCUUAUUAUUGCCUGAUAUGAAAUAACAUACUUGCAUUCUGGUUGCUUGAAACUUGUUCCUGAUAUUGGCGCACAGGUAGUGCCUCCUCCCUUUAAUGUUUUAGAAGCUAUCAUUCUGUAUAACUUUAUGCAGUCUUAGCUCAAACAUAACUUUGUUUUUAAAAAAUUCACUAGUCAUUUAAUGCCUAGGAUUAUGAAAUGGAAUUUUUGUGUGUGUCUCCAAAUUCGAUCAAACAGUAAACAGUUUGGGUGUAAGCUGAAUUUUAUCUGGUGGAGAUCUUGCUAAAAAGAACAAAACCUAUGGUUUAGCUUUGUUCACAUUACACAUUUAGCACGGCUUGAGGUAGUAGGUGGUAUGUUCAAACUGUUUCUUUAGAAACUGCUGUGCAGAUAAGGCCAGUAAAACUUCUAUUUUCCACAAGGAGUACUACACCUCCUGGAAUAGUUUUCUGGACAUGUAGCCAUGUGGAAUAAAAUGUAUCAUAAAAAUAUUGGACUACAGGUAGUCUUCAGGUUGGAUAUCUGAGUUUGGGUGAAGAUUCUCUGAAGAUUUUGGCAAGAUCUGAGCAAUGGGGCUUACUGUAUUUAGCAAAUUGACAAUAUUUUUACUAAUUUUAAAAGCUACUUAGUGGUUUCGAUGUGAAAGCAGUUAACUAUUUGAUUUAAAUGUAAAAUAUGAAAUAAGCCAUUCAGCGAAGAAAUGUGGAAACAUCUAGUAAAUUUUAACAUCUUCAAUGGAAUACCUUUAGGUUAGGCUAGUGCUGCCACUGCCUAAUUCUUUAAAAUUUCUCAUCACAAAUAUAUUUUUUGGUCAAAAAUGAUCACUGAGGUAUGGUUAAGUCAUUCCCUACCUUCUCUUCCACUUACUGUUUGACCUUCCAGCUUUUUUCCUGUGUAUUUUACUUAGGUGGAUAAAUACUUUUACAUUUAUUUUUAAAUAAGUAAUAUACUAGGAUCAUCCUGCAGUUUUGCUUUUUUUCUACUGAACUUAGAUCUAUAUUGGCAUGAAGAUAGUUUAUCAUAGUCCUUUUAAAUGCUUAAUGAAUGUGUAUGUACUUUCACCCCAUGCACCUGGGUGAAUUUCUCUGGUGUAGAUACAAAGAAAUAAAAUUGCCGCAUCCUACAGAUGUGAA